AUGGCGACGGAGCUGCUCCCCGUGGUGGACAUCGGGGCGCUCUCGCAGCUCGACCUGGACGCGCUCGCCGCCGCCUCCGCGCACGCCCUCGUGCCGCGGACCUGCCCCGACGCCGACCCGCUCCCGCCCCUCAAGAUCGACCGCGCUGUCUUCAACGAGAGCGCCGGUUCCCGGAAGCAGACCUUCUCCCGCCUCCGCCUCGGCGCCGCCGCCGCGUCCUCCUCCUCGCCCUCGCCCGCCCGUCACACCUCCUCCGCGCAGUCGUCCGCCGGGCGGGAGUACGACCCCGAGGGCGAAAUCGUCGCGUACCACCUCCGCCGCCUCUUCGUCCCCGAUGACCCCUCGCUCCCGCCCCCUCCCGAGCCCCAAACCCUAGCCCUACUACAAGAACCCUCCUCCCCUCCGCCGCCGCCCCCCGACCCCGACCGGGAGACCACCAAUGCCAAGGGCGUCUCCGUUGACCUGCUCAGGCUUGCGGGGAUGGUGGACCCCUACGAUGCCGAGCUGCACAGGCGGACGGCCGGGAUGGCUUCCGAGACCGAGCUGCAGGGUUUCAUCGACAGCCUUGCAGGGAAGUUUGUCAGCCAGAGGCAGCGGAGGAAGAAUGUGGACGCCUCCUUCUUUGGGAAUCACCUCCCUCGCGGGUGGAAGCUGCAGCUCGGGCUCAAGCGAAAGGGGGGACUCGUCUGGGUGCGCUGCUUCAGAUACGUGAGCCCCAAGGGAAGUCAGUUUUCUACUUGCAAGGAGGUUUCUGCAUACCUCAUGUCACUUCUUGGGUAUCCAGAGCUCAAACCAGCCACUAUUCAGUAUGAAAGCACAGGACAACAUUACUUGAGUGUUAACGAUGGUGUUUUAGGUGUUCAAGAUCAAAUUGGUUCAAUUAUGGACAAGACAAAUGUACAUUCAGUUUCUUCUCUUGCCUUGUCCAGCUAUUCCAGUGAUCCAAACGAUGUGGAUGAAAGGAAUGCAGACAAAGUAAAUGCUUAUGAAUGCCAGAAAUGCAAUUUGACCUUUGGUGACCGGACUUCAUAUGUACAGCACCAUUUGUCAUAUCAUGAAAUGAGUGCUAAGAGGCGCAGGACUGGCAAGUUUGGUGAGCCAGUAGUAGGGAAAGAUGGUAAGUUUGAAUGCCCUAUUUGUUGUAAGACCUUUGAAGAGGAAUCACGUUACUUUGGCCAUGUCGGAUCUCAUGCAAGGUACGAAGGGUUGACUCCUGAAGCAUUUCUAGAUAAGGCUACUUCCAGAAGGGCAACUAAUGAUUCCUCGGCGGAAAUUUCAUUUAGUCUUCAGGAGUUGACUGAAUCACAUGGACAGAACAACAAGGUUUCUUAUGGUGAAGCAGGCUUUCAGCACCACAAUCAUUCAAACGAACAUGGUGACAAUAACUCUACAGUCACUGAGCUUUUUAGUACAAAUUAUUCAGAUAAUUUCAUUAGGCCAAAUAAAACUUGGAGUAGGCCUGAAGUGGGUCCUUCCUUUAAUGAUGCUCCAAGUGUAUGUAGAUAUACAAAUUUUACAGGCCAUGCUGAUGUGACAGUUCCAGAAAGGGCAUCGAUCUCCAAUAAUCAAUCUGUUAGCAACAUUAGUAGCUUUGCGGGAGUGGCUAUGUUUAGUGAUCAGCCGGGAAGUAACCAUGUUGUCAGAUCUACUGCCUUUGGAACAGCCAAUCAUUAUCAGGACCAGAUUAUUGAUCGUGGCAAGGCUGCUCUGAGGCGUGCUGACAAUAAUACUGUGAAACCAAGAGAUGUCAACCUCAAUUCAUGUGUAAAUACAAUAUCUUUCCCUAUUGCUAAUGCAAAUAAUGAAACAUCAGCUGCCCUUAAUGAAGCUAAUCGGUCAUCUUCUACUGCAAAAUGUUUUAGUGGCAGUUUCAAUAACAAUGAUGGUGCAUCUAGUGCGUCUUCCUGUUGCGGAUCGACCAAUAAAAUAUCUAGUUCAUUUGGCACAGCAAGCAAAACCCAAGCUGUUGGCUCCAGAUGCAUUGGUGCAAGCUAUGAGCCUUAUGGUGAAAAUUUUGGUGCUCUUAAAGAUAACCCUUUUGCAAGCAAGAACAAUACCGCAGUGUAUCAGUCCAAUUUGGGCACACCACCUGUCUAUGCUGUGGCAACUAGGGCAGAUUGUUUUGCUUCUGGUUCAAUGCAGACAAAGAAUAGUGAUAAAGAACUUGCAUCCAGUUUUACUGAAAAGGGUUUUGCACAGUUCAGUAACAGUUUUACUCACACAAAGCCCAAUUCUUCUGGCCGUUGUUCACUACCUGCACCAAAAACUCCAACAAAUGGAAGUGAUAUCAAUUGCAUCAAGGGCUCUUCAGUUAGUAGAGGUGAUGUUAGCUUCACAAGGGGCUCAUUUGUCAAUAGACCCAUCAACAACAAUGAACCAAAUGUAGCUAGGCUUGAGGUGAUGGGAAAGUUGAAUAAUGAGAUGCAAAACCACUAUAAUGAUCAUGCUCCUGGUUUUGACCCUCAUGCUGCAGCUAGUGCUAGCCGGAAUGCCAAUGGCCUUGUGUCUAUGCAGACCAAUUUUGGUCGCAUGUCCUCUACAGUUCAAUCUGUUGCUGAUGUUUCAGUGACUAGCACAUCUCAAGAUCAGUGUGAUUUGCAACUUGGAUUUGGUGCACAGAAGCAGCAGAUAUUUUCUAGCCAUGGACAGCUUAGAAUGGCUACAGCUGGAUCCCCUCUGCCUGGGAGCAUUUCCAAAAAAAAUUCUGUACCCACUGAAUCCUCACAGUUUGGGAGCAUGGAUGGGCCUAAAUCUUUCCCCACUGGAACAUCUCAGUUUGGGGGCUUUGCAAGGCCUACUUUGGUGCCUGCUGCACCUUCUCAGUUUGGGAGCAUGGCUCAACCUAAUCAUGCGCAUUCUGCUCAAUGCUCAAGCUUGGUUCAACCGAAUUCUAUUCCUCCUGCUGAAUCCUCUCAGUUUGGAAGCAAAGCCCAAUCUAGUUCUGUACCCCCUGCUAAAACCUCUCAGUUCAGGGGCAUGGCUGGACCAAAUUCUGUACCUCCUGCUCAGUCCUCUCAGUUUGGGAGCAUGACUAGACCUAAUUCUGUACCUCCUGAAUCUUCUCAGUCUUUUGGGAGCACGGCUCGACCAAAUUCUGUAACUCCAGAAUCCUCACAGUUUGGGAGCAUGGCCAGACCAAAUUCUGUACCUCCUGUGUCGUCACAGUUUGUUAACAUGCCCAGUCAAAAUUUUGUGAGCGCAUCCGAACCAACUCUAGUUUUGGGGUAUGCACCGCAGAUUGGAAGUGGCCCUCCACCUCAAGUCCACAGCCUAGUUCUUUUGGCUUCAUUUGCCCCACCUGUAAAGAUCGGAUGUCUGGUCAUAACAAUGUGCCCAACAAUGGUUCAUGGCAGCCUUGAGAGGACUGAAAAUUGUCUGCACAAGCAGCAGUGGUCUGCCUUUGAGUGGACUGUCAAGGAAUGGAUGGUAUCUGUAUCGACAAGUUCACCGGUUGGCAUUACAUCUGAAAUUUUGCUGCUCUCAGAUGACCCAACCAAUUUUCCAUUGGGCUCCGAGGAACCAAGGAUGUUGCUACUCAGGGGCGACGACCAUGACCCCAUCGUCGUCAUCGUCGUCGAGGGUGGUGGUGGUCCUGCUGAGGUUCGGAUUGGAGAUCAGGUGGAUGGUCUGUCUCUGGCAACCGUGGCCGUGGCAAGCCGGCUGUUUAGCGUCAGGCGGCGCGGCGAGAGAGACCGUUCCUAUUACGAGUAG